UGGCGGAACGUGAACGGGGUGAACUACGCCAGCACCACUCGGAACCAGCACAUCCCCCAGUACUGCGGGUCCUGCUGGGCCCACGGCAGCACCAGCGCCUUGGCAGAUCGAAUUAACAUAAAGAGAAAAGGAGCAUGGCCUUCUGCCUACCUCUCUGUUCAGAACGUGAUUGACUGCGCCAAUGCAGGAUCCUGUGAAGGUGGAGACCACUCAGGUGUUUGGAUGUACGCCCAUGACCAUGGCAUUCCAGAUGAGACCUGCAACAACUACCAAGCUAAAGAUCAAAAGUGUAAGAAGUUUAACCAGUGUGGAACUUGCGUCACUUUUGGAGAAUGCCAUGUGAUAAAGAACUACACUCUCUGGAAAGUUGCUGACUAUGGGUCUGUCAGUGGAAGAGAGAAAAUGAUGGCAGAAAUCUAUACUAAUGGACCAAUUAGCUGUGGCAUAAUGGCUACUGAAAAGUUGGAUGCUUACACUGGAGGACUUUAUACAGAGUACAACCCCUCGCCUGAGGUGAAUCACAUUGUCUCUGUGGCUGGCUGGGGCGUAGAAAAUGGAACGGAAUACUGGAUUGUUCGUAACUCAUGGGGUGAACCCUGGGGUGAAAGAGGAUGGCUGAGAAUUGUCACAAGUGGAUAUAAAGGUGGAAGAGGAGCAGAGUACAAUCUUGCUAUCGAAACAGACUGUGCAUAUGGAGAUGUUAUACUUCCUUGAUUCUAUAUUGUACAUCUUUCUGUUUAUGAACUACUUUGGUUUGGCAGCUUCCCAGCACAACCUUCUGUUUAAAGAAUAGUCUAAAACUCUCACAGUUUAACACCAGCAGGCAGUUCUGCAAAAUUAUGCCAGAUACCAACACACAAUGUCUUCAAAGUAAAAUAAAUAGAGCUGCCUUAGGUAAUUAUUUACAACUUAAAAUAAUUUACCCCU